AUGUUUACUAUCGAACAUCAAAGCAAUUACAAUCUAACUAUAACAACUUUGCUUAUGACUCUUGAUUUAGUUUCUUGCCAGGAAUUGAAGAUUUAUCAGUCCCCGACAUCCAUUAUUAAAGCAAAGGGAAAAACUGCCAAAUUCGUAUGCAACGUGGAGGGAUUGUCUGUAAUUAAAAAUGGUCUUCACUUGUAUCACCAGGAUCGCAACAACAGUGUAGAAUGGCUACUCUUUUACAGACCUUCCCAGCAAGAGAUUUCAGACAAAUACAAAAACAGGGUAUCUCUGGAUACACAAGGAGACAAAGCCUGCACCCUGAGUAUAACCAGUAUUAACCCAGAUGAUGCUGAUGGUUAUGCCCGGGUGAUUAUUCAGCAGCCUCUUCUUUCCCUAACAAAGGGUGGAACAGGAAUAUCAACAGUCCGAAUCAAAUGUCAAGUGAAGAGAGACAGUUCAGACUCUGCAAUUGUUCACUGGUAUAUGCAGAAAGAAAAUGAAGCAUUAAAAAGACUUCUGUAUAUUGCAGAUGCAAAACCUACUUAUGAUGACAGUAUUGAAAAAGACAAAUUUGACUCUGACAAAAACUCAGAUAUAUACACAUUGAUAGUACAUCGAAUAACAACUCAAGAUGCUGCCACAUACUACUGUGCCAAUUGGGACGGUGAUGGUGAUGUAAAAAUAUUUGGUAGUGGAACCAAGCUUAUUGUCACAGAUACUGCACGGUCAGCUGAACAACCUAAAUCUACUAUACUAAGCCCAUCCUUGAAAGAAAUGGAGAGAACAGGCCAAGGAAUAUACCUCUGCCUGCUUGAGAACUUCUUUCCUGAUGUAAUCCAGGUUGUUUGGAAGAGUGGAGACCAGGAUAUUCCAUCAGAACAACAAGAAAUAAAAGGUGUUCCAGAUAAGGAUGGCAAUACCUUGUAUUCAGUUACCAGCUGGAUUACAGUAUCUAAAAAUGAUAUAGGCAAGAGGUUCACCUGCCGUUAUAAGCAUGAAGGCAUAAGCAAAUUUGAGAACUGGGAUGAAAUAUCUGUAGCGGAAAGCAAGCCACCUAAAGUAGUCCCUGGUAGUGAAAAGAAAGAGGAAACAUGUCCUGCGGGUGAUACAGGAGAUACAAUGAAUUAUCCGAAUCCGUCAUCCCAGAGAGCAGCGUACCUCACCUACCUCUUACUGAUCACCAAAAGUGCAUUGUACGGCCCUAUCAUGUUCUUCAUCAUUUAUAGGACAAAAAUUUUAUUCUGCUUUUGAGAGUAUGAAGUAAUGAGCCUUCAAAUAACAAUGCUAGAGCGUCAAAAUGUCAUUUAUGCUACAAUAUAUAAGCUGAUUUGCAAAAGAAAUAUGAUUUCCUACAUUUACUUGAAUCAUCUUGCAGUUUUGUUGAUGUAAAUCUAAAAAAUAAUGAUUAUUAGAUAGCUAUUGUGCUUCAUUUUUAGGACAGUAAAUACUGAUAAAGAAUAAAUAUUAACAAGAUCAAAUAUGAAUUUUAUAGAAGUUUAUUACUCUGAAAAAGCAGUGAUCCCUAUUCAGGCGAUACUGUGUGGCUUUACUUUGAUGCACAAGCAGAAACCUUUUGUGGCUAAUAUUCUGUGCUUUGCUUCAAUCUUCUUUUUAGCACUAGGCAGUGUCUAGUGUUAACAGCUAAACAAAUAUAUUUUGCACCCUAAUAUAUAGGUAUAGGAUCUGUUAUCCAAAAUGCUUGGGUCCUGGGGAUUUACAGACAAGGGAUCUUUCUUUCCAUAAUUUGGAUCAUUAUACCUUAAAGGAACAGUUCAGUGUAAAAAUGAAACUGGGUAAAAUAGAGGUAAAAAAGGCUGGAGCGGACAGAAGCCUAACAUAAUGGCCAGCACACUACUUCCUGCUUUCAGCUCUUUAACCUCUUAGUGACUUUAGGGGGGCCCAUGGGACAUAAUUUUUCAGUUAGUUUGUGAGCACGCAGGUCAGAUUUAAAUGCAAAUUAACUCAACAGUUAUGUCCCAUAUGCCCUCCCAAGUCACUGAUUGGCUACUGACCGCUAACAGCUUAGACAACUGUAAAGGAGGAAGUACUAUGUUCUGGCUACUAUGUUAGACACUGCACACUCCAGCCUUUAAAGAUUAAAUUUUUGCCUAACUAUUAGAAAUAUUUUUUAUUUUGCGCAGUCUGUCUUUUAUACCCAUUUAGACUGAACUGUUCCUUUAAGGUAUAUAGAUCCAGAUUAUGGAAAGACUUAUGGAACUGCUCCUUUAAGUCUGCUUAAAAAUGAUUUAAACAUUAAAUAAACCCAGUAAGAUUGUUUAGCUUCCAAUAUGGAUUCAUACAAUUUGGUUACCAUCAAGUACAAGCUACUGUUUAAUUAUUACAGAGAAAAAGGGAUAUUGUUUUUAAAAAUUGGAAUUAUUUGGUUAAAAUUGAGUCUAUGGGAGAUGGCGUAAUUCAGAGCUAUCUGUAUAAAUGGUUUCCGGGUAAGGGAUUCCAUGCCUGUACUACAAUAUAUGUUAACAAGCUUCCUGGCAUUGUUUAUUUUCUAAAAAUAAAGAUUUCUGAGCAAAUGAAA